UCUCCUAACAACUGCGGGCUCCGGCACCAGAUAGGGAGACUCUCCGGCGGGUUGAAAUCACACGCCCGAUCCUUCCGGCAGGUCGACCCCGAAAGCCCGGCCUUGGGCCCCACCUGUCCGCUCCUCGCAGAGCAGCCCCCUGCGCCGCUACUACCGGCCCCUCGGCGCGGAGCCCUGUGUCCGCCGCCGCUUUGAUCCCGGGGGCCCCGCUGGAUAAAAGUCUCGGGCGGCUCUACGCCAGCGCCAGAGAGGGAGCGCAGCGCAGUUGGGCGCACCAGCGGGAUAGCGCAGCUCCAGUAACUAUCAGGACCUACGGUGGCCGCAGGCCGGAGUGACGUUGCCAUGGGAGGAGAGGUGCGCGUGCUGCUACUGCUGGGCCUGCUGCACUGGGUCGGGGGCAGCGAGGGCAGGAAGACCUGGAGGCGCCGUGGCCAGCAGCCACCCCAGCCGCCGCCCCCGCCGCCGCCGCCCCUGCAGCGGGCUGAGGUGGCGCCGGGCGCCGGGCAGCCGGUGGAGAGCUUCCCGCUGGACUUCACGGCAGUGGAGGGCAACAUGGACAGCUUUAUGGCGCAAGUCAAGAGCCUGGCACAGUCCUUGUAUCCCUGCUCUGCGCAGCAGCUCAAUGAGGACCUGCGCCUUCACCUCCUGCUGAACACGUCGGUGACCUGCAAUGACGGCAGCCCCGCCGGCUACUAUUUGAAGGAGUCCAAGGGCAGUCGGCGGUGGUUACUCUUUCUGGAAGGCGGCUGGUAUUGCUUCAACCGGGAGAACUGUGACUCCAGAUACACCACCAUGCGGCGCCUCAUGAGCUCCAAAGACUGGCCACACACACGCACAGGUACUGGUAUUCUAUCCUCGCAGCCAGAGGAGAACCCUCACUGGUGGAAUGCCAAUAUGGUCUUCAUCCCUUACUGCUCCAGUGACGUUUGGAGUGGGGCUUCACCCAAGUCUGAGAAGAAUGACUAUGCCUUCAUGGGCUCCCUCAUCAUCCAGGAGGUGGUACGGGAGCUCCUGGGCAAAGGGCUGAGCGGGGCAAAGGUGCUGCUGUUGGCUGGGAGCAGCGCCGGGGGCACCGGGGUGCUGUUGAAUGUAGACCGCGUGGCUGAGCUGCUGGAGGAGAUGGGUUACCCAUCUAUCCAGGUGCGGGGCCUGGCUGACUCAGGCUGGUUCCUGGACAACAAGCAGUACCGGCGAUCAGACUGCAUCGAUACCAUCAACUGUGCACCUACAGAGGCCAUCCGCCGUGGCAUCAGGUACUGGAGUGGAAUGGUCCCAGAGCGCUGCCAGCGCCAGUUCAAGGAAGGGGAGGAAUGGAAUUGCUUCUUUGGCUACAAAGUCUAUCCAACUCUGCGCUGUCCAGUGUUUGUGGUACAGUGGCUAUUUGAUGAGGCUCAGCUGACCGUGGACAAUGUGCAUCUCACUGGACAGCCAGUUCAGGAGGGCCAGUGGCUAUACAUCCAGAAUCUGGGCAGAGAACUACGCAGUACACUGAAGGAUGUACAGGCCAGCUUUGCCCCCGCCUGCCUGUCACAUGAGAUCAUCAUACGGAGCUAUUGGACGGAUGUCCAGGUGAAGGGGACCUCACUGCCCCGGGCACUGCACUGCUGGGACCGGAGCUUCCAUGACAACCAUAAGGCCAGCAAAACCCCCAUGAAGGGCUGCCCUUUCCACCUGGUAGACAGCUGCCCCUGGCCCCACUGCAACCCCUCAUGCCCUGCCAUCCGGGACCAGUUCACAGGGCAAGAAAUGAAUGUGGCACAGUUCCUUAUGCACAUGGGCUUUGAUGUGCAGACGGUGGCACAACAGCAGGGGAUGGAGCCCAGCAAGCUGCUAGGGAUGCUGAGUAGUGGAAACUAGAGGGCUGCCUGCAGAGGAGGUAGUACUGAGGGGCUGAUCCGCUCCACUCGCUGUCCCAGGACCCACCUGGGUGUGGAUGCCUGACUGCCUAUACUCUCCCACUACCUGGCUAGAGGAGUGGUCUGCCCUGAAAUCCAGGGACCCUUCACACCCCAUAUCUGUUUCCCUAGCCCCCAGCCCAGCUUGGGGAGGGAGCCAGAAGCAAAGAAAGCACUGGAUCCCUGAGCCUUUCAGCUCAGACAGUCCCUCCCAGGCCCCAACUGAUCAUGUUCUUUUGUAUUAUUUUAUAAAGUGACUUUUUUAUUACUUUAAUUUUUAAAAAAAAUGGAAAUUAAGAAAUAUAUGAUGGAUGAUAUUGUUUUGUAACAUAUUUUUUCUUAAUAAUUAAAAAAAACAAAAAAACAGAAGCUCACCCA